AACGGUGCCCAGCCCUGCCAGCCCCGGCACGUUAACUCGACAUGCCGAAGGGGACUGUGGUUUAUUGGUUGGGAAGCCAAACUCGGAGGCCUUAUCCUUUUACCCUGCGCUCGACCUUCUUGUCCGGGCAGUUGAUAACUAACGCUCUCUGAGCGCUUACUGCGGUCAGGAAUUUCAUCACACCUAGUCCUCGCCAGACGCCAUCCCUAUCUGAAAGGAGCCACGUUUGAAGGCUUGAGGCUACGUGACCACUCGGUGACCAGCUGUCCCCAGGCACCUCUACUCUUUAACGCCUCAAAGGCAGGGCCAAAUACGCGGGAGACGUGUGGCCGAAGCUAAGAACGCGGUUACCUUGACGACCGUGACCGGCGGGGGCCACUGGGACGCUCCCGGCAUGCCCCGCGCGGCGCGGUGCAGGAAGUGAGCGAGCACUUCCGUCCGCCAUCCCUGCCGGUUCCGAUUACUUGGUGUUUCUGUUCUCAGCGCUCUGUAGUCAUGAAGGAUGUGCCGGCCUUCUUACAACAGAGCCAGAGCUCCGGGCCGGGCCAGGCCGCCGUUUGGCACCGUUUGGAGGAGCUGUACACGAAGAAGUUGUGGCAUCAGCUCACACUUCAGGUGCUUGAUUUUGUGCAGGACCCAUGCUUUGCCCAAGGAGAUGGUCUCAUUAAGCUUUAUGAAAACUUCAUCAGUGAAUUUGAACACAGGGUAAACCCUUUGUCCCUGGUAGAAAUAAUUCUUCAUGUGGUUAGACAGAUGACCGAUCCUAAUGUGGCCCUUACUUUUCUGGAAAAGACUCGUGAGAAGGUGAAAAGUAGUGGUGAAGCAGUGAUCUUGUGUAAAACAGCCAUCGGAGCUCUGAGAUUAAACAUCGGGGAUCUGCAGGCCACAAAGGAAACCAUUGAAGAUGUCGAAGAGAUGCUCAACAAUCUCCCUGGUGUGACAUCAGUUCACAGUCGUUUCUAUGAUCUCUCCAGUAAAUACUAUCAAACAAUUGGAAACCACGCGUCCUACUAUAAAGAUGCUCUACGGUUUCUGGGCUGUGUCGACAUCAGGGAUCUGCCAGUGUCAGAGCAGCAGGAGAGAGCCUUCACACUGGGGCUUGCUGGACUUCUUGGCGAGGGAGUUUUUAACUUCGGAGAACUUCUCAUGCACCCUGUGCUGGACUCACUGAGGGACACCGACAGGCAGUGGCUGAUCGACACUCUGUAUGCUUUCAAUAGUGGUGAUGUAGAUAGGUUCCAGACACUCAAGUCGGCCUGGGGCCAGCAGCCUGACUUAGCAGCCAACGAGGCCCAGCUUCUGAGGAAGAUCCAGUUGUUGUGCCUUAUGGAGAUGACUUUCACACGACCUGCCAACCACAGACAACUCACUUUUGAAGAAAUUGCCAAAAGUGCCAAAAUCACCGUGAACAAGGUGGAGUUGCUGGUGAUGAAGGCACUCUCCGUGGGGCUGGUGAGAGGCAGCAUAGACGAAGUGGACAAGCGGGUUCAUAUGACCUGGGUGCAGCCUCGGGUGCUGGAUUUGCAGCAGAUCAGGGGGAUGAAGGACCGUCUGGAGCUGUGGUGCACUGAUGUGAAGAGCAUGGAGAUGCUGGUGGAACACCAGGCUCAAGACAUCCUCACCUAGAGCCCCCAUGUCCUGCAGACCCUGCCUCACCUCGCAAGGCAUUUCUGUGGCCCUGAGACCAUCAGCAGAGGGCUGUAUUGAAUUGGGAUGGAGUUUGGGGGACUGUCCUUGCUAUAAAAGCAGAGAUCUUUCAUUGAUGGGGGUUUGAUUGCUUGGAGAAGGCUCCUUCCUGUGUGGGGUGGGAGGGAGACUCCAGGUGAUGAGGAAGGGCAAGAAUGGGAAGAGGAGAGUAGUCUCCGCCCAGUCCACUUGAGUGGACCUUUUCCAGCGUGGCCUGAGAAUGCUCCUAUAAUAAAUGCCUUUGCUUUGUUCUGCUGA